AUGGCUCAGUCUCACGUAGAAAUUGCCAAGCAGCUGAAACACAACUCGGAGGAGAUAAAGGAGUACUUCGAGGACCUGUACGCGUGGCAAAGCGAAGUUAGCAAAGAGGUUGUAGAUCCUAAGGGUGCCAGCAUUCACGGGGGAACAAAGUGGAGAGGAAAUAAUAAUGCUCUAAAGAGGGACCACAACUCGCUGGAGAGCUACUACAAUGCGUGGGACAAACUCAAAAUAGACGAUAUUGAUAAUAACGAAGAGGGGCCAGCUAUCCAUCGUGGAGGAUGCAGUGGGGAGGCACACGAGGAAACGGAAAGGGGAGGACAUUCUGAGGGGGCAUUUCAUAGAGCGAGGAAGACAGAAGAAUUAGCCCCUACUGUUGAGACAGAAAGAAGAAAAAACACCAACAUCUGCAACAGUAGCUUCGGCAAAGCGCAAAAAGAAGGUGGGAUAAGUGAAAGUACCAAUUGUGUCCUCAACGAACGAAACGAAGAAGACCGGUUAGUGAAUCUCCGAUCCAAAGUUCACGAUAUGUACCUCUCCAAAAACGAAGAAGGAAAAAUAAACUACCAAAACAAAAGGUACAAUAAAUGCUUAGAAAAUUACAAUGACCUAAUUAACUACAUCGAUUUUGAACUAAGCAACAAUAAUAUAUUUUUACAGAUCGAACAAAAUCUAGAUAAUGAGUUAUACCUAGAUGUAUUCUCCCACAAAAAACAAAUUUUUGUGAACAAAAAUAUCGAACAGUUAAGCAUUCUUAGGACUAAAGUUCUUGUAAAUAGAUCAUUAGUAUAUCAGAGGUUGUUUUCCUAUUUUGAAAGCAUCAAUGAUUGUUCUUCCAUAAUUUUAUUUUACAAUUAUUUUUUGCCUGAGCAUAAAAAUUGCACUAACUACUGCAUAGGUAUGAAUUCCCUCACGGUGAAUGUUAAGUAUGUUCUUUUCAAGGCAUACUACUUAAGGGGGAUGGCAAGAUAUAAGCUAAAAAUUUAUAAAUUUUCCCUUAAGGAUUUUAAAUCUUCCAAAGAGUAUGCAAAGGAUAUGAACUGCUGUUCUACUCUCAAUAUUGAGAAAUCGAUUCAGCUGCUACAAAAUGUGAUAACACAAAAUGAUGCUAAAAGACGGGCGAGGAGACAAGCUGAGUACACAUCUACCCUUCUAGAGAGAUACAAACUAAAGCCAAGGCUGUUAACUAUUCAACUUAUAUCAAGAGAGCACACUGAGGAUGUGAUUCCCUUGGAAAAUAAUAGCAAUGGUGUUAAGUGCCUCACGGGGGUGUCAAACGCGGAGGAGCCAAGUACGGGGUGUGCAUCUGUGGGGUGGAAUUCCCCUUGUGAGGAAAGGAAAUAUCUACGGCAUUUCGCUCAAGGGGGAAACCCUCGAGAGGUGGAUAGUGGGGGUACUGCCCCGGUGCGAAGAAACAGCAACGUGGAAGCAGCGCCUGAGGGGGAGCACAACAAUGUGGGGCAUAGAGACAGGAACAUCUUAAGGGAUAGCCACAUGGAUAACCAUGCAGAUAGCCACCACGACACGGACAGCAGCCUCACUCUGAGCGAGAGCACCGUGCUGAGCGACGUGGAAGAAACGAAACCGCCCCUGCUCACCAUGUUCAGCGGAGCAAGCCUCGGGAAAAACAAAAUUAAAAAUAAGAUAAGCUUCGAACUCCUUUGGAAUUCAAAUGAAAUAAAAAGCAACUUUAAAAAACAAAUCGAUAUUCUCAAAACUGCUUUUUUGGAAGAAGGCAUAUUCGAGUUCAACCUCGAUAGGGACAUUUACGUAGAUAUACUCGACUCCCUGUUUAAAAAUAACUUCCUGUCCUUGUUUGAAAAUGUGGAUAACGAGGAGGGCAUAAAAAUAAAGUUGCAGAGAGGCGCCUGCGCAGGGCUUUCUCCCAAUGCUGAUGGGGAAACAAAUAAAACUGCCCAGUCACCUUCAAACGGAGAAUUGGCGAAUGUACAAGAAAGGGAAGAUGCCGGAGAAUUGCUAAACUGUGCCGAGUGCGUAGUGCUCAUAGAUAUAUUGUACCUCCUCACCAACGGUGGAAAGGAAAACUAUGUCCUCCUCUUUGUCGACAAAAAGGAAAGAACAUUGUUGCUAACGUUUUACAACUUUAUUUUGAAGUAUACAAAUGUGUUCCUCUGCAAUGAAAACUGCCUAAAGGAGAAGACUCUUCUGUUGAAGGGGUUGCUCGAAAGGAUAUCUUAA